CAGGAACUUGCAGCCAAAGAAGAAGACACCAAGUUGUGCAUUUUACCACACCGAUUUCGCCCAGUGCAUUCUCCGCCUUGCCGCCAUGGGGGCGGAGGCCAGUUGCGUCACGGAAUGCGGAGGCUCAGAUUGUCGGCCGCUGGUGCAGAGGCUCAUCCGGGAGCCAGAGGGGAAAGAGUCGGUUUCUACGCAGAGGUACGCGCAUGCAGAGGCGACCGCGACACCGGAGAGCACGACGGAAGUUACUUGGGGGUCGCAGAUGCCACCUCUUCCGCCGGUGCAGCCCGGCCUGAUCUUACACGAUGGGGUGCAGGACGACUUCGACCGUUGGCCUUUGCCAGAGCUGGACGGGGUUGGUCGUCAGGCCCUCGUGGAUUUCACGCAAGAUCUGGUCCGGGGGAGGACAUUUCCUGUCCUGGCUCUGAACGGAGAUGCCGUGGAAUGCCUAGUGUCGCUGGACAAGCAGUUGCGCUACAUGGUGAUCCAGAGGACUGGAAAGAAGGAUCACAAGCGGCGGGCCCUGGCGCUCGAAACGGUGGACCAGGUCUGCGUCGGGAAGGAGGCACUGGAUGAGUCUGGUCUGCCUCUCACGGAGUUCUGCGUCUGUCUGCUGCUCACCAAAGGGCAGGCAGUGGCAUUGAUCUUUCCCAAUUUCCAGGAGCGGGACAUGUUUGCCCAGGCGGUGUCCCACUUCGUGGACGAGCGAAGGGAGGCUGGCCGCAGUGAUGACCUCGCACUUCAGAAGGCUGAAGAACAGUUACGUAGGACGCAAAAUCGACUCUCAGUGUGAGGCGCCGAUGGUAUCAGUCAUUCUGGAAGAACCACCGAAGCGGCA